AUGUCCACGAUCACGCAGCCGCGAUGCGGCGUUAAGGCUAAUGCGACGACGAAGCGCGCCGUCGCGCCGAAGACUUUCUUGGGCGCGCGCGUGUCCUCCGUCUCCAACGGCUCCAAGGUUGAGAUGAGCCGCUGGAAGGGCAUGGACAUGGACAUCUCCGACGACCAACAAGACAUCGCGCGCGGUAAGAACAUGGUUGACUCCAAGUUCCAAGGUGGUGCCGGUAUCGGUGGUACCCACAACGCCGUUAUGUCUUCCCAAGACUACUUGUCCGCGGGCAUGAAGACGUACGACGGUCACGACAACAUCACCGCCGAAAACUUCUACAUCUCCAAGUCUUACAUGGAUAAGGUCGUCGUGCACAUCGCGAAGAACUUCAUGCAACUCCCGAAGAUCAAGGUCCCGCUCAUCCUCGGUGUGUGGGGUGGUAAGGGUCAAGGUAAGACUUUCCAGUCCGACUUGAUCUUCCGCAAGCUCGGUAUCAACCCGAUUGUGAUGUCCGCUGGUGAGCUCGAAUCCGGCAACGCCGGUGAGCCCGCCAAGCUCGUUCGUCAACGUUACCGCGAGGCGUCCGACAUCGUCAAGAAGGGCCGUAUGUCCACGCUCUUCAUCAACGAUCUCGAUGCCGGUGCCGGUCGUAUGGGCGGCACGACGCAGUACACCGUGAACAACCAAAUGGUGAACGCGACGCUCAUGAACAUCGCCGACAACCCUACCAACGUCCAGUUGCCGGGCCAAUACGAAGUCAUCGAGAUCCCGCGUGUGCCGAUCAUCGCCACCGGUAACGAUUUCUCCACCCUUUACGCGCCGCUCGUUCGUGACGGCCGUAUGGACAAGUUCUACUGGUCCCCGACCUUUGAAGAUCGCGUCGGCAUUGCCAACGGUAUCUUCAUGGCUGACGGCGUCUCCCCGGAAGACGUCGAAGUCCUUGUCUCCACCUUCGAAGGCCAGUCCAUUGACUUCUUCGGUGCCCUCCGUGCCCGCGUGUACGACGACAAGGUCCGUGACUUCAUCCUCUCUGUUGGCUAUGAUCAACUCGGCAAGCGCCUCAUCAACCCGCGCAAGGGUGAAGAAGUUGUCUUCGAACCGCCGGCCAUGACCCUCGAAGUCCUCUUGGCCUACGGUAAGGAGAUCGAAAACGAGCAAGAAAACAUCAAGCGCAUCCAAUUGGCCGAUGCCUACUUGGACGGUGCUGUGUUGGCGGGCUCUGGCGGUUCCUCGAACACUGACAAGUCUCUCAACACGAAGUAA